GUUUGGUUAGAUUAGGUUUCUUUUCCAAAAACCGAACUAUCAACUUUUUUUUGUGUCAAAAUUUUCAAAAAUUAAAUAAAAUUGACUGUCUAAAAAAUCACAAAAGACUAUGCAAAUUUCUCUUUAGUAAUAUAUCAAUUUUGAUCCAAAUGAAAAUGUAGGGGUCGUUAUGUAAACAAAUGAAAACAUGAGGACCCUCCGGGCGUGUAUAGUUCACACUUGACAAAUAGGGGUUUUGGAGUUAGGCCCUUCCAUCCUAAUCGCGCUUCCGUCGCCGACGCCAUUUUACUCGCCGUCGUCAUCUCCGGCCACGCUUGUCAUCGUUCGCAAUUAAUCGAAAUCGAAAUUUUCCGGUAAGUAUCCUCCUUUCUUAUUACCGUAUCAUUCGAGAGUUGGAAUCGGAUCGGAAAUGUAAUUGGUUUUGAGGUCAAUAGGUUAAUACGUUUGUGACAAUGGUGGAGUUUCGAGUGUGAAUGAAAAAACUCCAUUUGCUCGAGAAGAUUUGAUGAAAUGAUUCCUGAAAAAAAUGAAUUUCUUAAACUCAGCAGCAUCCAUUUGCAGAAGAGUUAGUUUGAGGGAACUGAUCACUGAGGUUCCUGCUUAUAGUGGCAGUAGCAUUUCCGAUGGUUCUUCAAGUGGCUUGAGUUUGGUCUUCAAGCGUUGGGCUACUAAGAAAACUGCUGGUUCUACAAAGAACGGUCGUGACUCUAAUCCCAAGUUUCUCGGUGUUAAGAAAUUCGGAGGAGAGAGUGUGAUACCAGGAAACAUCAUAGUUCGUCAACGGGGAACUCGGUUUCAUCCUGGAGACUAUGUGGGGAUUGGUAAGGACCAUACUCUGUUUGCAUUGAAGGAAGGACGAGUCAGGUUCGAGAAAAGCAAGAUUACAGGACGCAAAUGGAUUCAUGUUGAUCCAACAGGUGGUCAUGUUCUUCACCCUAUCUACACAAAAGCUGCAGCUGCUCAAUCGACUAAGUUGAAGACAGCUUCAUAGUCGUGAAUACUGAUUGCAACAAUCUAAACGUGGUUUUCAUUUCCUUUAGAUCAUGUGAUCUCUCGAGUAAAAGAUGAUGCUAUCUUAGAGCAGAACCACUCAAUUCAAUAACAUCUGCUGUUUUGUUUCCCUCUAGUCUUUGUCUGGAUUUUGAUGAAGGGCUUUGUUUGGAUUCAACAAAUCAAGUUUUAUUCGGAAAUAGAUGUUAAUCAAGUCUGAGUUUCUCUCA